GUCACGUGACGCCGAGAGUUUGGCGCGAAAGUCCCGGUUAGUGUCUGAGAGAGCAGGAAGCAGCCAUAACCGCCCAGCAUGGACCUAGCCGACCCCGCGCUCGCCGCUGCCGCCAGCCAGCAAGUCAAGGAUGAGGUGGCCGAGAAAUGCCAGAAACUCUUCCAGGACUUCUUGGAGGAAUUUCAGGGACAGGAUGGAGAAAUAAAGUAUCGAAGCGAAGCAGAGGAAUUGAUUCGACCUGAGAGAAACACUCUGGUGGUCAGCUUUCUGGAUCUCGAGCAGUUUAAUCAACAGCUGGCGACAACUAUUCAAGAAGAGUUUUAUAGGGUGUACCCUUUCCUGUGCAGAGCAGUCAGGUCAUUUGCAAGAGACCAUGGAAAUGUACCACUAAACAAGGAGUUUUACGUUGCUUUCCAAGAUCUUCCUACCAGACACAAGAUUAGAGAGUUGACCACUCCUCGUAUUGGGUCCUUGCUCCGUAUCAGUGGUCAAGUUGUCCGAACCCACCCUGUGCACCCAGAACUGGUGAGUGGGACCUUUGUGUGCCUCGACUGCCAAACAGUUGUCAGAGAUGUGGAGCAGCAGUUCAAAUACACUCAGCCAAGUAUCUGCAGGAAUCCGGUGUGUGCCAACAGGAGGAGGUUCAUGUUGGACACUAACAAAUCCAGAUUUGUGGACUUUCAGAAGGUUCGCAUUCAAGAGACCCAGGCAGAGCUGCCACGUGGGAGCAUUCCACGCAGUCUGGAAGUGGUUCUGCGAGCAGAAGCCGUUGAAUCGUGUCAGGCUGGUGAUCGGUGUGAUUUCACUGGGUCGCUGAUUGUUGUACCUGAUAUAUCCCAGCUAACAACUCCAGGUGUGCGUGCAGAAACCAGCUCCCGGGUGUCUGGGGCAGAAGGUUAUGAGACAGAGGGAGUGCGUGGACUACGAGCUCUUGGCGUGAGGGAUUUGUCCUACAAACUAGUAUUCCUGGCGUGCUAUGUCUCUCCAACUAAUCCAAGGUUUGGUGGAAAGGAUCUCCAUGAUGAAGACAUGACUGCCGAGAGCUUGAAAAACCAGAUGUCUGUGAAAGAGUGGGAGAAAGUGUUUGAAAUGAGUCAGGAUAAGAACCUGUAUCACAAUCUCUGUACUAGUCUCUUUCCCACUGUUCAUGGCAAUGACGAGGUAAAGCGAGGAAUCUUGCUCAUGCUGUUUGGGGGUGUUCCUAAGUCGACCAUGGAGGGCACAUCAUUACGCGGAGACAUCAAUGUUUGUGUUGUUGGUGAUCCCAGUACUGCAAAGAGCCAGUUCCUCAAACACGUGGAGGAGUUCAGUCCGCGUGCAGUAUACACAAGUGGUAAAGCAUCUUCUGCUGCUGGUCUGACUGCUGCAGUUGUGAAAGAUGAAGAAUCCCACGAGUUUGUGAUUGAGGCUGGGGCCCUCAUGUUGGCGGAUAAUGGUGUAUGUUGUAUUGAUGAGUUUGACAAGAUGGAACUAAGGGAUCAGGUUGCUAUCCAUGAAGCCAUGGAACAGCAGACUAUUUCCAUCACCAAAGCUGGGGUCAAGGCAACACUUAAUGCCCGGACUUCCAUUUUGGCUGCAGCAAAUCCUGUUGGUGGCCGUUAUGACCGGUCCAAGUCCCUAAAGCAAAAUGUGAAUUUGUCUGCUCCAAUCAUGUCAAGAUUUGACCUUUUCUUCAUCUUGGUAGAUGAGUGUAAUGAGGUAACAGACUAUGCCAUUGCACGGCGUAUUGUUGACCUUCACUCUAGGAUUGAAGAAUCCAUUGACAGAGUUUAUAGUUUGGAUGAAGUCAGACGUUAUCUGCUGUUUGCCCGACAGUUUAAACCAAAGAUCUCUAAGGAGUCAGAGGAAUUCAUAGUGGAGCAGUACAAAAGGCUACGCCAACGUGAUGGCUCUGGAGUUGCCAAAUCAGCCUGGAGGAUAACUGUUCGGCAGCUGGAAAGUAUGAUACGGUUGUCAGAGUCUAUGGCAAGGAUGCACUGCAGCGAUGAGGUACAGCCGAAACAUGUAAAGGAAGCCUUCCGGUUAUUAAACAAGUCUAUCAUCAGAGUUGAAACUCCUGAUGUUAAUUUGUAUCAAGAUGAUGAAAAUGAAGCCGCAGAGGAACCUCAGGGCCUAGUGAAUGGAGAUGCUGGUAUUCCCAACGGUGUAAACGGUCAUGUAAAUGGUGUUGAUGGGCGUGUAGAUGAAGAAAUGAAGGAUGUAACUGCCAAACCUUCCCUGCGUCUGAGCUUUGCGGAAUACAAGCGCAUUUCUAACUUGUUGGUUUUACAGUUGAGGAAGCUUGAAGAUGAGGAACUUUCUCAGAAAAAAAGUGAACUAGUCAACUGGUACUUAAAGGAGAUCGAGUCUGAAAUUGAUUCUGAAGAAGAACUUGUUAAUCGUAAAAUGAUGAUCGAUAAAGUGAUUCAUAGACUUGUAAACUAUGACCACAUCUUAAUUGAACUCACACAGACUGAACUGAAAAGCCUAUCCAGUAAGGAAGAGGAAGCAUCGAAAGAUGAAGACCCAUUUCUAGUGGUGAAUCCAAACUACAUGCUGGAUGACUAGACCCACUGCCGCCACUCUUGUGCUUUAACAUAGACUUCUAGAAGCUUCAUUUUGCUCCAUUGCUGGAAUUUGGUUGGGAUUUCCUUUAUAUCCUCUGCACAUUAUCAAAGGAUGUUACCACACUUGUAACUUGGCAUUUUCUUAAGGUCUCUGGACUUGUUUUAUUCAGACUUUAUUUUAAAAGGUCAAGAUCUGGAGUUUAUCCUGUUUGACACAAUUUUGUGGGUCAUACUUUUUGAAUUUUGAUACUUUUGUAUUGCCAUCUGCAACUGCUGUAGAUUUGUUAAAUAUAUUAAAACAUCUUAAUUGUGAA